AUGCUUCGAGACCGCGCGAUCCACGGCACGGCGUCCUCGCGCGCGGAGCCCAUCCCGGAAGAGCGCGGCGCGACGACCGCGAAGGGCGCGCGGCGCGACGCGCAGCCGCGCGCGACCACGACGCUGACCGAGCGCGAGAUCCUCGCCGCGCAGAAGGACCCCUCGGAGUACCUCGCCGUGCCGUCGCAUCGGAUCCGCAAUUUCUCAAUCAUCGCGCACGUCGACCACGGCAAGUCGACGCUCGCGGAUCGAUUCCUCGAGAUGACGCGCGCGAUCCCCGCGGGGGGGAGGAAGCAGUACCUCGAUCGGCUCCCCGUGGAGCGCGCGCGCGGGAUCACGGUCAAGGCGCAGGGGGUGUCGUUGCUUCAUCGCGACGAGCGAGAGGAGAGCGAAUCGUUCGGGCAGACGUUUCUGUUGAACCUCGUGGACACCCCGGGGCACGCGGAUUUCAGCUUCGAGGUUUCGCGGUCGCUCGCCGCGUGCGACGGCGCGCUUCUGCUCGUGGACGCGACGCAGGGGGUGCAAGCGCAGACGAUCGCGACGUUUUACCUCGCGCUCGAGGCGGGGUUGGAGAUCGUUCCGGCGGCGAAUAAGGCGCGUCGUGUGGACAUGGACAACGCGGACGUGGACGGCGUCAAGGAACAGAUGCUGAGCGCGUUCGGGAUCGACCCCGACGACGUCCUGCCGAUCAGCGCGAAGACCGGGAUGGGGUGCGCGGACGUCCUGAGCGCGGUCGUCGACGCGGUGCCGCCGCCACGCGGCGGCGCGGGAUUGGCGGAGAGAAACGACGACGCGUCCCGAUUGGCCGACGCGGACGCGGACAGGUCGGACGCGCCGCUGCGCGCGCUGCUGUUGGACUGUCACUACGAUCCGUACCGCGGCGCCGUGAGCGUCGUGCAGAUCGAGGACGGGACGAUACGCAUGGGGGACAGCGUCGCGGGGAUGGCACAGGGGGGGAGAGGCAGCGAAGUCCUCGAGCUCGGCAUGAUGACGCCGGAGCCUCUGAAGAUGCCGGAACUCAGAGCCGGGCACGUGGGGUACGUCAUCACCGGCUCCAGGGACGUCAAGUCCGCGAUCGUGGGGGACACGCUGUAUAAACCCUCGGACGAGUCGCCCGCGAAGGGCGGGGGCGGUUUGGGUAAAAAAAUAGCCCCGCUUCCUGGAUUCCGCGCGGCGAAGCCGACGGUGUUCCAAGGGUUGUUCCCGCAGAGCGGCGACGAGUUCGAGGCCUUGCGAGCCGCGGUCGAGCGGCUCGUGUUGAACGACGCGAGCGUGAGCGUCUCGAACGAGACGUCCGUCGCGCUGGGUCCAGGGUUCCGAUGCGGGUUCCUCGGCCUCCUCCACGCGGACGUGUUCCACCAGCGCCUGCGCGAAGAGUUCGACGCGGACGUCGUCGCCACCGCGCCGACGGUGUCCUACCGCGUCCGGUACCCCGAUACCCCGGAGACGUCGUUCGAAGACGUCGCGUCGCCCGCCGCGCUCGACGAGAAGCGACUCCAUCAGUCCGGCGGCCGCGGCGGCGCGAAGGGAGUGAUCGAGGAGCCCAUGGUGGACGCGACGAUCAUAUGCCCCGCGGACGCGGUCGGGAAGGUUGUCGAGCUGUGCGUCGACCGCCGAGGAAGCCAGUUGGAACACGCGCAGCUCGGCGUCGACAGAGUCAUGUUGCGGUACCGGCUGCCGAGCGCGGAGAUCGCGGUGGACUUCUCCGACGAGCUCAAGAGCCGGACGUCCGGGUACGCGACGUUCGAUUACGACGACGCGGGAUACGAACCGUCGGACAUCGUGCGCUUAGACAUCCUCGUGAACGGCGAGGCGGUGGACGCGUUGUCGUCGUUGACGCACCGAGACAAGGCGGCGCGACGCGGGCGCGACAUGUGCGCGCGGCUGAAGGAGGCGCUGCCGCGGCAGUUAUUCGAGGUGGCGGUGCAAGCGGCGGUGUCCGGGAAAGUCGUCGCCAGGGAGACGGUGAGCGCGAUGCGAAAGAACGUCACCGCGAAGUGCUACGGCGGGGACAUCUCGCGGAAGAAGAAGCUGCUGUCGAGGCAGAAGGAGGGGAAGAAGCGCAUGAAACGCAUCGGGAACGUGGACAUCCCGAACGAGGCGUUCGCGGGGCUGUUGAGCACGCAAAGCGCGCAACGGCGAAAAUGA